CGUUUUGCCACCCUUUUGUCGUGGGGGUGAGUCCCUUUUUUUGUCCGUUCUGCGCCAUCUUCGCACCUACCUUCCCCCGGUCCAAAAGGGACUACUCCAGGCACGAUUUAUGUUUUCAUUUCGUCUGGAUUUUUUAACGCUCGGGGUCUGCAGCCACCACGGAGGCAUCCAACGGUCAGGCAAGGAUGCCAGGAGUUGGCAGAAACGAGGAGGACGGCGAGGAAAACUCAUUUGAAAUGGACGAUUCUGUUGAUUAUGGACCGAGUGCACCUACCGAAGGCGGACAUGUCAAUCCUGCGGAAGAGUCACCCCCUUCAAAGAAGAAAAAGAGCAAGAAAACGAAAAAGGAGAAGCGAAAAGAGGGAAAAUCCAAGAAACGCAAGCGCUCUGUGGACCGGGAAAGUGGAGGGGAAAGUGAUUCCCCACUAAGCGACGAUGGCGAGAUCAUCUUCAAACACAAGAGCAAGAAGAAGAAAGACACUCCAAAGGAGAAAGACAUGGGCCCGAAGAGUUCCCUGGAGCUGAUGCGGGAGUUUGGCAUCGAGGAGUUUGAGAUGGAGUACAUGGAUGCUGAUUACGAGAGCCUGAUCAACUACAAGCUCUUCUGCCAGCACGUCCGCCCCCUGGUCAUCGAGAACGCCCCCAAUUUGCCCAUGACCAAAAUGACCACGCUGCUGGCGUCCCUGUGGCGGGAGUUUGCGGCCAGCAACCCCAAGCGGGGCACCACAAGGCCCCCGCCGCCCCAGCUGAUCAUGUCAUCGCCCGAGGCACCUCCGAAGGAGGCCCCUCCCCCGCCACCACCGCCACCAAAGGAGGCGGAGCUUCAAGAGGAGGAGAGGGAGGAGGAGAAAGAGGAGGAGGUAGAAGAGCAGAAGGAGGUCAAGGAAUCUAAAGGUAAGAGCAAAUCAGCCAGCAAAGACAAAUCCAAGGGGAAAAAGAAGAAAGUGGCUCCCCUCAAGAUCAAGAUUGCCGGUCAGUCUGGACGAAAGAGGAAAGCGCACUCAUCGAGCGACAGCGGAAGCAACUUCAGCGAUCAGCUCCCCAGCGACCUGUCGGACGAAGAGGCCAAGAGCGCCCCCUCGGUCCAGUCAGACAGCUCGGCCAGCCGCUCCUCGGCGCGCAAAGCCAAGAAACCCAAGCCCAAGAAGAUGCCGAUCAAGAAGAAGAAGAAAAAGAAGAAAGGCUCAGAGGAAGACGGCUACGAGACUGACCAUCAGGAUUACUGUGAGGUGUGUCAGCAGGGAGGGGAGAUCAUCCUCUGUGAUACCUGCCACCGAGCCUACCAUCUGGUCUGCCUGGACCCAGAGCUGGACGCUGCCCCCGAGGGCAAAUGGAGCUGCCCCCACUGUGAAACGGAGGGUGUGCCCGUGCAGGAAGAAGAACAAGACGAACACAUGGAGUUCUGUCGCGUCUGCAAGGACGGUGGGGAGUUACUGUGCUGUGACCAGUGCCCCUCAUCCUAUCACAUCUUCUGCCUCAAUCCACCACUCAAGGAGAUCCCGGACGGGGAAUGGGUCUGCCCACGAUGCUCGUGUGAGCCACCCAGGGGCAAAGUUCAGAAGAUCCUGACCUGGCGUUGGACCUCGCCCCCUGUCAACACGGACCCCCUGGACCCGGAGUGCGGCAGCCCCACCAAGAAGGAGCCCGGCCUGAAACCCACCCGGGAAUUCUUCUGCAAAUUCCACGGCAUGUCCUACUGGCACUGCGACUGGGUCUCGGAGCUACAGAUGGAAGUGUUCCACAUUAUCUUAUACCGUAACUACAGCCGCAAGUUUGACAUGGAGGAGCCUCCUCCUUUGGAAGACGGGGAGACCUACGGAGGCAACUGGCGGCACAAACACGGCAACAAAGGCAACGAUGAGCACCACAUCAACCUGGAGGAGAAGUUCUAUCGCUACGGCGUGGCUCCAGAAUGGCUCCAGAUACAGAGAAUCAUCAACAAACAGGUGCGUCCUCGCUCGGGCAAGACCCUGUAUCUGAUCAAGUGGCGCUCGCUGAACUACGACAACUGUAGCUGGGAACACAACGAUCUACUGGAUGAUAUCCCUGACGGACCCAAGCACAUCGAUUACUACAACUCACACAAGAGAACCAUGCACACACCGGUGGAAACCAAAGUGAGCAAAAAGAAGAAGGGGGGAAAGGGCAAAAAGUCCAAGAAAGAGGAGAAAGAGGAAGAAGAGGAGAAAAUCGAUCCGAAGAAAAAGUACGAGGAGCAACCGGCCUUCGUCUCGGCCUGCGGAGGCAAUCUCCACGACUACCAGUUGGAAGGACUGAACUGGCUGAGGUACUCCUGGGCUCACCGGCUCAGCUGCAUCCUGGCUGAUGAGAUGGGACUGGGCAAGACCAUCCAGACCAUCGCAUUCCUGUACUCCCUCUAUAAGGAGGGUUUGAGCAAGGGCCCCUUCCUGAUCAGCGCCCCCUUGUCCACCAUUGUCAACUGGGAGAGAGAGUUUGAAUUCUGGGCACCAGACUUCUACGUGGUCACGUACUGCGGUGACAAGGACAGUCGCGCUACCAUCAGAGAGCACGAGUUCUCCUUUGAAGAGGACGCGGUGCGCGGAGGCAAGAAGGCUUACCGGAUGAAGAAAGACAGCGUGGUCAAGUUCCACGUUCUCCUGACGUCGUACGAGUUGGUCACCAUUGAUAACUCCACCCUGCAGUCUGUGGACUGGGACGUUCUGGUGGUGGACGAAGCUCAUCGACUCAAGAACAACCAGUCUAAGUUCUUCAGGGUCUUGUCGGCGUAUACCAUCGGCCACAAGCUGCUGUUGACCGGUACCCCGCUACAGAACAACCUGGAGGAGCUGUUCCAUCUGCUCAACUUCAUGAGCCCCGAUGAAUUCUCAAAUCUGCAAGUGUUCCUGGACGAGUUUGAGGACAUCUCCAAGGAGGAUCAGAUCAAGAAGCUGCACGACCUGCUGGGGCCUCACAUGCUGCGACGUCUCAAGGCCGACGUCCUGAAGGGCAUCCCAUCCAAGAGCGAGUUCAUCGUCAGGGUGGACCUCAGCCCCAUGCAGAAGAAAUACUACAAGUACAUUCUGACCAGGAACUUUGAGGCCCUGAACACCAAGGGCGGAGGCAACCACGUCUCCCUCCUCAACGUCAUGAUGGACUUGAAGAAGUGUGCCAACCACCCCUACCUGUUCCCAACGGCUGCUAUGGAGGCACCGCGCAUGGCCAACGGUGCCUUUGAGCCCAAGUCCCUGGUCAAGGCCUGCGGCAAACUCAUGCUGCUGGAGAAGAUGCUGGAGAAACUCAAGGUGGAGAACCACAGGGUGCUCAUCUUCUCACAGAUGACGAAGAUGCUGGACAUUCUGGAAGACUUUCUGGAGGGCACCGGUUACAAAUAUGAACGUAUUGAUGGUGGCGUCACUGGUAGCAUGCGACAAGAGGCCAUAGACAGAUUCAAUGCUCCCGGAGCAGAGCAGUUUGUCUUCCUCCUGUCCACCAGGGCUGGAGGGUUGGGCAUCAACCUGGCCACGGCCGACACGGUCGUCAUCUUCGACUCGGACUGGAACCCCCACAAUGACAUCCAGGCCUUCAGCCGCGCCCAUCGCAUCGGCCAGUGCAACAAAGUCAUGAUCUAUCGCUUUGUUACGCGGUUCUCCGUGGAGGAGAGAAUCACGCAGGUUGCCAAGAAGAAGAUGAUGUUGACCCAUUUGGUGGUGCGUCCAGGCCUGGGCUCGGCCGCCAAGGGUGCCAUGUCCAAGAAGGAACUCGACGACAUCCUCAAGUUUGGCACUGAUGAGCUGUUCAAGGAUGAAAUCACCCAAGACGAGGGCAACGAGGGGACCAUCACCUGGGAUGACCGGUCAGUCUCGGACCUCCUGGACCGGACCAAGGAAGGCAUCGAGCAGAAGGACAUGGCCGACGAUUACCUCAACUCCUUCAAGGUGGCUAGCUACGUCAUCAAGGAAGAGGAGGAGGAAGAAGAAGAAGAGGUGGAGACAGAAGUCAUCAAGCAGGAGCUGGAGCCGUCAGACCCAGCCUACUGGGAGAAGCUACUGAGACACCACUACGAGCAGCAGCAAGAGGACCUGGCCCGCACCCUAGGCAAAGGCAAACGCAUCCGCAAGCAGGUCAACUACAACGACGCUGGGCAGGAUGACUCAGGUGGGAUGAGAGGGAAGGGCUGGGACAACAAGAUAAACGACAACUACAGCGACUACUCACACUCGGACAACGAAGAAGAUGAUGAGGACUUUGACGAGAAAGCCGAACUCCGCCCAAGACGACGAGACAGGGACAAGCUUCCCCCGCUCCUGGCUAGAGUGGCUGGCUCCAUUGAGGUGCUUGGGUUCAACACCCGUCAGCGCAAGGCUUUCCUGAAUGCCAUCAUGCGUUGGGGCAUGCCGCCUCAAGACCCAUACAACUCACAGUGGCUGGUGAGGGAUCUGCGAGGCAAACCAGAGAAGCAUUUCAAAGCCUACGUUGCUCUGUUCAUGCGUCACCUGUGCGAGCCUGGUUCAGACGGGGCGGACACAUUCGCCGACGGAGUGCCGCGGGAAGGACUGUCCAGACAACACGUACUGACCCGCAUCGGUGUCAUGAGCCUCAUACGCAAAAAGGUGCUAGAGUUUGAGCCUAUCAACGGCAGCAUCAGCGUCCCCGAGCUGGUCCCCAACCCGGGCUCCGUCCUAGACAACUUCAAGUCAGACUCCCGCAAGUCCUCCCGGACCGCCUCCCCAGCUCCGACCCCGGCAAGCACCGAUUCCCCGGUACCCACCCCGCUGGCGACCGCUGCUGCCUCCCCGGCGACCACCGUGGAUUCCUCCAAGCCCGAGGACAUGGAGGCAGGUACCUCCGAGCAGAAGGAGAAAGACUCGGCUGCCGAGGCCAAGACGACAUCUGAGGCAGACAAGGAGACAUCCGAGCCAGACAAGGAGACAUCCGAAGCAGCCAAGGAGACAUCCGAAGCAGCCAAGGAGACAUCCGAAGCCUCCAAGGAGGAGCAGGAACCAGAGACUAAGAAGGAAGAACAAGAUGCUGAGGAGCCGAUGGAGGUGGACAAGAAGGAAGAGGACAGGACCAAGACAGAAGAAGGAGAGAUGACCGAGCCAGACAAAACACCAAAGGAUGAAGUUGUGAAAGAAAAGCCAGAUGUUACAGAGAAGAGCCCAGCAGAAGAGGAAAAGAUGGAAACGGACGAACCGGAAGCAUCCAAGGAAAAGCCGUCAGAGGAGGCCAAGACGUCCGACGACGCAGAGGCGAAGGAGGAACCGGCUGACGUGACCCCCAAGACGGAAGAGGAAAAGACAGAGGAGCCAGAAGGGAAUGAGAAAGAGGCCACCGUCAAAGAAGAAACGGUCAAAGAAGAAACGGACAAAGAAGAAACGGACAAAGAAGAAGAGGUAAAAGAAGAAAAGGACAAGGAAGAAAAGGACAAAGCUGACGACAAACAAGGGGAGGCGGAGACGAAGAAAGAAACUACAGAGGUGAAAGAGGAAGCCAAAGACGCAAAGGAAGAGAACGCGGACAAGAAAGACGCCAAGAGCCCGGACGCGCCGAAAGACAGUCCCGCCGAGAAGGACUCGGACUCGGACGUCGUGGAGGUCAAGGACGAGACGGAGAAAAAACCCGCGACCGAGAAAGACGACGCCAAGAAAGAGGAGGCCGUCAAGAAACCGGAGAAGAAGGAAAAGCGGCUGUUUGUCUUCAACAUCGCGGACGGAGGGUUCACCGAGCUGCACACGCUCUGGCUGAACGAGGAGCGGGCCGCCAAGAGUGUAGGGGAGAGAGCCAACGAGAUCUGGCAUCGCAAACAUGACUUCUGGCUGCUCAGCGGCAUCGUCAAACACGGCUACGGUAGAUGGCAGGACAUACAGAACGACCUGUGCUAUGCUAUCAUCAAUGAACCCUUCAAAGUAGACCUGGGCAAAGGCAACUACCUGGAGAUCAAGAACAAGUUCCUGGCUAGAAGAUUCAAGCUCCUAGAGCAGGCCCUAGUCAUCGAGGAGCAGCUACGCCGUGCGGCCUACCUCAACCUAACCCAGGACCCUAACCACCCGGCCAUGGCCCUCAACGCACGCUUCGCGGAGGUGGAAUGCCUGGCCGAGAGCCAUCAACACCUGUCCAAGGAAUCGCUGGCGGGCAACAAGCCUGCUAACGCUGUACUGCACAAAGUCCUCAACCAACUGGAGGAGCUCCUGAGCGACAUGAAAUCGGACGUUGCCCGUCUCCCAGCCACCUUAUCCCGCAUCCCGCCCGUCGUAGCCCGCCUGCAGAUGUCAGAGCGCAGCAUCCUGAGCCGACUGGCCAACCGCGACGGCCACUCUGCUGCACAGGCCCAGCCCCAACAGAUUGCUCAACCUCUGUCUCAAGGGGUUGGCAACAAGACAGCAGGUGGGGCCACCUCCUCUGCGGCCGCCGCGUACGCCAAUUAUGCCAGCAAAGGGGCGGGGUCGGGAGGCAGCUUUGCAGGCGGGAGCCAGCAGGGGCGACGCCCGAUCAUUCAGCAUGGCCCCGCCCAAUUUACCGGGGUCCAGACCAACCAUUUCGGGCAGACCAUCCAGACCAUCCCCCAGGGUAACGUUCAGGUCCUGCCGGACCCUAGCCACACGGUCAUCAUCAAGAACCAGUCUGGUACCCCGUCCACCCAGGCCACGGGAGGCAGCAAUUACUACACCACCAUGCUGAGUAACGCCUCGAGCGCCAUCUCUAAUUCAGUUGUGUUGAGUGGGGACAUGAUGGGUUUGCUACCUGACGCCCCUCAAAAAUCACUCCGAGAAAAACACAAAGGCCAUCAUCAUCGUCAUCAUCACAAGUCAAAGGCCAGGAUGGGAGGCAGAUCAGAUGAUCAUCGAAGGCUGUCCCAGCAUGCGGCUACGUCCCUGGCCAACCUCCAGCAGCUGCGGUCAGCGAUUGCCGCACGCAGCCUGGCCACGUCUGCUGGAGCCUCCACCUCAGCUAAGACUACCAAAGAUUAACCCCUUCCUUAGAAUGGUAGUUACAAAUAGUGAGGUUUUGCAAGCGAACGGAUAUGUCCUCAGGUCGUGUAGUUUUGUGACGUCAUAUGCAACACACUACAAGGAUAGUGCCUGUUACGCGUCAGCGUGAAAAGCAUAUUUAAUUGUCAAUUUUCACCCUCUUUUCCAAUAAUAGGCAUGCAACUUUUCAUUGGAUCAGCCGAUUUCCUCUAAAAAAAAAAAUUGAAAAACAUUUAGAAAGUCUUGUAAAUCUUUGAAUUUCCAUUUUUUGGGGUUACUUUCCAGUUGCAUGCCUGUAAUAAGGUAAUACAUCUUGAAUGAUUUGAAAGAGGAUGCAUUGGUUAACAUACAUAUGUGACAUUUGUCAGUGUUUCAAAGCAAGAUUAGCUGCAAAUAUGGGGCUAUCAUUAAGGGCUGCCAUUUUGGAUCACUGCUUUGGUAACGAUAAACGCGUACACAAUGUGAAACAACAGAUUAAAGAUGAUAACCGUUACGUGUGCUAAACGUAUGCGUACACGUAUCUGAUCGGUUGCAAAACCUCUCAUAUCUUCUGCAAGAUCCCACCUAUCCUGUCACCCUGACAACAACACAAAUUUCAACUCUUUAGAUGGACAGCUGGAAACUGUACCUAAUUUGCAUAACAAAGGCUCCCUCCUGGUUGUAUACACACAUGCUGAUACAGGGACUGGUUUAAAAAGUUGAAGAGAAAUUACGAGCGAGUUGGAUUUAUUAAGCAAAAAUGUAUGUGUGUGUCUUUCUUGUACUGUGUUGUUUCACACUUUUAGAUCCAUUUGAAAAUAAGCACUACAGUGUAUUGUAUAAUUAGCACACGUUCAUUCAGUCAAGUUAGACUUUUGUGGAAUGUGACCACUUGUUAGGAAAUGGGACCUUAGAGUGCUGCCAAACAGAAACCAUUGCUUAGCCAAUAAGCCAAUUUGCGAAUUCAGUUCGAGGUGCCCUGACUUGCUCGAACGCUUGGCACUUUUUAACUUUGAAUUCUCCCGACCAACGAGACUGUUGCUAUAUCACGUGAUUCGGGGCAAGCCUUACGCCAGCAACCCCCAGCUCCGGAAUGGUCUGGUGUCUUUGUACCAUUCUCACCCAAUGCGUUGAUGCUGAGCAUCUCUUACGUAACUAAGAGCUUGCCCCGAAUCGUGUGAUAUAUUAAUGGUGUCUUCGGUCUGGAGAAUUCAGAGUUAAAACGUGUGUGGCGUUAUGAACAAGUCAGUGUACCAGAUGUUAUUCAAAUUGAACUCGCCUUUACCGGUAGGUUAUUCGCAAAUUGCUUAUUCCCGGCUGAGUGCAAAAUCAGCAGUGUACCAGUUGCCCCCAGUUUAGCGGCAUGAGAAUUUGGCUGGUAAACCGUGUUUACUGUGAUUAGCAAUUAAUGAACAGAGGGCAGCUUAUCAAGACUGCUGGCCACUACAAUUCAGCCAAAUGUCAUCACAUAUUGGACAUUAAUGGCCACAAUUUGCAGGGAAAACAAUCUCCAAAAAUGCAAUCCCUCCACUUGGACAUAAUUUCUUGUUGUAUAUAUAUCAACAUUUUGUCUGUGUGUAUAUAAUGGAUGUCAAUGCUGCAACAUAGAGAAGAAGGUUACACAGUAUUUUGUUAAUUAAAAUUUGAAGAAAAAAAAGGUAAAGACCUGAAAAAGUCUACAGUAUUAAAGACAAUGUGUUGUGCAUGAAUAUUAACGUCACAGUUAUACAUGUAGUUUUUAAAAAGCAAGCUUUUUCUGCAUGUGUUUUGGGUCAACAAAAAGUUGCACUGUAAUGUAAAGAAUGUGCUUUAACCUUUUGGGGUGGGUUUUGAAAAAUCAAUGUCAGACAUUGAUUGAUUUUUUUUGUUACUGGAGAUAUCGAAAACUUUUUAUGUUAUUUUUGUACGAAUUUAAAGAAAAUCCUCUAAAAGUUUUGACAAAUUAUCAGUCUGAUGAUGGUAUUCAUAAGGAAGACUAAUUUAAAAAGUUUGUGUUUCUAUCUUCUUUUCAAAUUGUGUACUAUUUUCUUCUAUAUUUCAGUUAUCGUUUAUAAUUAUGACUUGAGCAAUGCAUGUUGUUUCACCUGAGGAGGGGAACAGCAAGCAGACUUAGCCCCAGUUCAGACAGGCGUUCUACAGUCGCGCCGAACCAAAUGAAAGGCAAGAUUUGAAUUAUUACAUGUACAUGAAAAAUUCGAGGUCUGAAACAAUUAGGAGACCGCCAGAUGACAGAAGAUCAACAGUCGUAGCCGUUCAGAAUGACUAAGGAGCGACUUGAUUACAGACGUCGCUCUAAUCAUGAGCCGAAUUCAAUGCAAAUGUAGUGACCUUGCGACAUAUCACACAAGCCGCCCAUAAAUUAGGACUGCAGGCAAUUUGAUUAACGCAUGACGCAGUGCUUAAAAUUUGAAAGUUUUCUUGUUGCAGAAUCGAUCCUUUCAAACACGAGAUUUUGACAUCGCGUUAUAGAGCAACACAAGAUACAACAACAGAAUUUUAACAAAAAACUGAGACUUCCAGUAUCCAUACGGUACAGGCAUCGCACAGUUUUGAAAAAUAAAUGUUCAUAUGUGAUGUGAUGUGCAAAAGAUAAUGUGAAUUGUGAACGCAUAUGGUGUGCUAGCGGUAUGGCUAGCUGUCUUCGAUACGCGCGCAGUACACUCUGAAUAGUCAAUCAGUGCCAGUUUAGUGAAGGAAGGGGCAUGCAGCCCAUAUGCAUCAACGGCGCUGCGCAAUGUCAGCUUGUUGCUAAGAUCUGUGUUCAAUUGUUUGUACACAAUACUCCAGUGUAUUAAGUUUGCUUGUCUGAAACAAAAAAUUGAAUUGGGUCGACCUUGAGUUGCUCAUAAUCAAUUUAGUUCGGCGCGAUUCCUGAAGGCCUGUGUGAACCGGGGGUGACAAGGGACUCCUCAAAUCUGCUUUAAAAAAAAAUGUUUAGCAGAAAAUUAUGCUGAGCACUUUUCUUUAUUCAAUCAUUUGUACAUUUUUUCAUUAAAACAGAAAGGGGAAAAAAAAUUGGGAAAAUUGAAAGGGAAAACUGUUUACCUUCACGCCUUGUAAAUGCUUUGGUCGCUUUGCACGUGUUUGUCUUGUGUGCCUACUUGUUCAUGUGCACAAAUAAAUAAACAGAGAGAGAAAGAAUCCUAAACUGAG